AUGCCCGCGGGUGAAGGGCACAUGCUGUGCAACGAACGAGGAACUCGGGAUGGCAUCUUCCAGUUCACUCCUCUUUACUGUCUGAUCAAUCACAGCCCAUCUCCGUGAGGUCCUCCAGCGUCAUCCUUCGGAAUACAGAAUACAGAAUACAGAGCGACACACCAUGGCGCCCAAGCAGAAGCAGGCGUGCUACGUGCUCGGCGUGGGCAUGACUAAGUUCGUCAAGCCGCGCGGCAAGAUCGACUACACCGAGCUCGGCUACGAGGCGGGCAUCAAGGCCAUGCUGGACGCGCACAUCACGUACGACGACGUCGAGCAGGGCAUCGCGUGCUACUGCUACGGCGACUCGACGUGCGGCCAGCGCGUCUUCUACCAGUUCGGCAUGACCCAGAUCCCCAUCUACAACGUCAACAACAACUGCUCGACCGGGUCGACCGGCCUGGCCAUGGCGCGCAACAUGAUCGCCGCCGGCGGCGCCGACUGCAUCCUGGUCGUCGGCUUCGAGAAGAUGAUGCCCGGCAGCCUGCAGAGUUUCUGGAACGACCGCGAGUCGCCGCUCGGGACCACCUAUGCCAUGAUGGCCGCGACGAGGGGCGUCACCAAGGCGCCCGGCGCCGCCCAGAUGUUCGGCAACGCCGGCAGAGAGUACAUGGAGAAAUACGGCGCCAAGGCGGAGGACUUCGCCGAGAUCGCGCGCAUCAACCACCAGCACUCGGUCAACAACCCGUACUCGCAAUUCCAGGACGUCUACACGCUCGACGAGAUCCUGGCGUCGCCCAUGAUCCACGAGCCGCUGACCAAGCUGCAGUGCUGCCCGACGUCGGACGGCGGGGCCGCGGCGGUGCUCGUGUCGCAGGCCUUCCUCGACGCGCGGCCGCACCUCCGGGGGCAGGCGGUGCUCAUCGCGGGCCAGUGCCUGGCGACGGACGGGCCGUCGCUCUUCUCGCGCAGCGCGAUCGACCUGGUCGGGCGCGAGAUGACGCAGCGGGCGGCGCGCGUCGCCAUGGCCGAGGCCGGCGUGACGCCCGCCGACUUCGCCGUCUGCGAGCUGCACGACUGCUUCAGCGCCAACGAGAUGGUGCUGCUGGACGCGCUGGGCCUGGCCGAGCCCGGCAAGGCGCACGAGCUCGUGCGCGCCGGCGGGAUCACCUACGGCAGCGGGAAGGAUGGGAGGAGGGAGCUGGUGGUGAAUCCGAGCGGCGGUUUGAUUUCCAAGGGGCACCCACUCGGCGCCACGGGCAUCGCGCAGUGUGCGGAGCUCGUGUGGCACCUGAGAGGAUGGAGCAACAACAGGGCGGUUCCGGGCACGAAGUGGGCGCUGCAGCAUAACCUGGGCCUGGGCGGGGCGGCGGUCGUGACGGUGUAUCGGCGGGCGGACGGCCAGGAGGCCACCGUGUUGGACUCGGCCGAGGUCGGGAGGCUGAACGGGCUGGGGUAUAACCCGGCCGUCGAGGCGAGGGGGUUCACGGAGGAGCAGGCGAGGAGGGUGAGGAGUAAGGACAAGACCAAUGAGUGGGCCAGGACGGCCACGCUGCCGAUGAUGAAGGCUGCGCAGGCGAAGGUCUAGCUGGUGUGGAGGUCCGCCAUUUGUAAAUAUCAAUCGAGGGAAUGUCGCUGUAAUUAAUGACGUCGUCGGUGCCUGUUACGAAUUCAAAUCAAUGCAAAGUGUGAGAAUUGAGCAAGCGCCUAGCUGCUUCAAAGCAACGAUGAUGGAUAUAGUGAACACUAGGUACUUUGCAGCUGCGAGCAGCUCUCGAGGCUGCCGCCAU